AUGAACGAAGCUGAUUCUGCCAGUACUAGUUCAAGUCGAAUGAUUAUAUUGAACGAAAAAUAUCAGAGAACCUUUGAUCGCAUGAGAAAAAGACUCGAGUUGUCUAAAGAAAUACGAAACAAAAAACGCCAAGAAUAUCAUAAAUAUAAAGCUCUUGGAUACAGGAAAUGGUCGGCGUUAUCAAUGGGCAAAGAGAUACAUGGAUUAAAGUAUAAGCCAAAGGUUGAAAAGAAACUGAAACAAGAGUAUGUAGCGGUAAGGAAUAAAGUAUACGGUGUCAGAAAGGAAUUGAAAAAGUUUACGGAAAGGCAUGGUUUAGAAUUUCAAGAACCGAAUUCAGAUUCAGAUUGA